AUGCAUGCAAUUCUAUUUGAUCUCGAUGGUACAUUAGUUGAUUCUGAUUCAGUACAUUUUGAAGCUUGGCAAAAAAUUCUUGCAGAAAUGAAUCCUCAUGAACAUUUAAUUGAUCGAGCAUUUUUCGAUAAACACAUAUCUGGUCGAUUAAAUCCUGAUAUAACACGUGAUUUGUUAUCAAAUCUAUCUGAUGACAAACAACAAAGUGCAGCAGUUAGAAAAGAAUUAUUAUUUCGCGAUUUAGCAAAAGAAAAGCUGCAACCAACCAAAGGACUUGAUAAAAUAAUUGAAUAUAUAAAAGCAAAUCGUUCAAAAUUAAAAAUUGGCUUAGCAACAAAUGCACCACGUUUGAACGUUGAAUUUGAAUUAGGCUUAUUAAAACUUGAUGAAAAAACAUUCUUUGAUGUUGCACUACUGUCGGAAGAAUUCGGUAUUGGUAAACCAAACCCGGAUAUUUAUUUGGAAUUAGCGAAACGCUUGAAUGUUGAUAAAAAUUCAUGUAUUGUUUUUGAAGACUCCGUAUCAGGUGUACGAGCAGCUGUUGCUGCUGGAAUUAAAUGUAUUGGUAUAUUAACAUCAGCAAAAAAGGAAACAUUAGAACAAUAUGGCACAUGGAGAACGGCUACAAAUUUUCACGAAAUCGAUCUUGAUGAAAUUUGGAAUGCAAUUCAAUCGAAAUAA